AAGCCGGAGGCGCGUGUCGCCUGCCAGGUGACGAUGGCAGCGCUCUUCGCGGCUCUGCUCGUCACGGCCAUCGCUUUCGCAGUGCAGGCCUUUCAGCCUCGUCCCCAGCCCUGCUUUCGGUGUCCGUUCGACUGGAUCGGGUACAGAGGAAAAUGCUACUAUUUUUCGGAGGCUGAGGGGAACUGGACGUCCAGCCAGGACAACUGCUCGGCACUUGGUGCUUCCUUGGCCAUGCUGGACAGCGUGGAGGACUUGAGCUUCGUGAUGAGGUACAAAGGCGUCUCGGAGCAUUGGAUCGGCCUUUCACGGGAAGAUGAGGAGCAACCGUGGAAAUGGGUGAACCGCUAACGUUUAUCUCACCCGUUUCAGAUCGGCGGCGGGGGCCUCUGCGCCUGCCUCGGCGACGACGGGCUCGGCUCCUCCCGCUGCAGCGCCGCGAGGCGCUGGGUUUGCAACAAGCCCGAGCCGCAGAGCCCCAGCGAGGGCAACAGGACGCGACGGGCUCCAAACCUUUGCGCCGGCUCCUGA